AUGAAGCUCUUUCGAGGAUUGUUGUCAAAACGCAGAUCAGCCAAAAACGAGCAAAGUCCGGAUACUCUGCCUGUUAAUGCGACACCUCAUGCGGACACGGCAUCAAUCACUGGAGUCGGGCACGCACCUGACAGACCCUCUCCAGCGUCCUAUUCACAUGGAUUAUUUAUCUUACACCCACCUCCGGAGCUUCCAAGCAAUACGCAGGAAUCUUCAGUGGACAUCAUCGCCGUUCACGGACUAAAUGGGAAGGCCAGAGGGACCUGGAAAGAUGUCGAGACUGGAAGGCUCUGGCUUGAAGACUUCCUGCCCGAAGCCAUGCCGAAUGCACGAAUCAUGACUUUCGGAUACGACUCAAGCCUGCUCCUCAGUCGGUCUAAGGCUGGGAUUGAGGACUUCGCCCUCGAUUUGCUGAACCGAAUAUGGAUGCUCAGGCAAACUCAGAAGACCAAAGCCAGACCUCUCAUCUUUGUAGCCCACAGUCUUGGAGGAGUAGUCGUCAAAAAGGCGCUCAUUCUUUCACAUGAGAACAGUCAUUACUAUGGCGACAUUGUCGCCUCAACGGCGGGGAUAAUAUUUCUAGGAACACCUCAUCGGGGCUCGGAUAUUGUUGGCUGGACAUCCAUGCUCAGGACUAUGGUCGAAAUCAUGUCUGGAACACAGCUAGUCAGAACUGAUCUUGUCAAAGUCUUGGAUACUCGCUCACAAGCUCUCAUCAAUAUCUCAAAGCAAUUUUUGCCCCGCUCUACUGGACUGAGCAUUAUGUCAUUCAUUGAGCUACAAGUUGAACGUCCGUUAAAUAUUCUGGUUGUACCAGAAGAAUCUGCUCGAUUAGGAUUGCCAAAUGAGAUGGUCUUCCCUGUCAACGCUAGCCAUCGGAGCAUCUGCCGAUACGCCUUUUCAACAGACCAGACAUAUGUUCUCGUGGAAGGCUCGAUCAAAGCUAUCGCGUCUGGUCAGAGCAUGUUGUCGCCAUUAGAUGUACCGGGUAGGCUAAUCACUCAGACUCCAUACAGAGUGAUUGAUCUCAUACUGAUAUGCGUCCAACUUUUGUCAGAGCUGCACUUAUCCAAAGCCUUCAAGUUCCCUGAACGCUCUUCACCCAUUCUACACAUUUGGAAAGACGUUUUCACCUUACCUGUACAAGUCACAGCCGGCCGCUCCUGCUAUAAGCCGUCAGAUGGCUUAAAAAUUAAUGUGAAACAGUCAAUUGCCUCGUUCUUCAGCAGGUCUUUCCCAGAUCCCAUUAAAGCUAAAAUACAACGGUACCCUGAUUGGAUGCAGUCUCACACCGGGUUUUCACACUCGGUCUCUGUUGGAAGAGAGAAUAUACCAAGCCUCCAGAUAUACUUCAUGCGAACAGUCCGGGUUGAAGCAAACGAAAAAAAUCAUAAGCCUCCCAUAGGAUUAGGAACUUUCCCGUUGUUGAACACGCAGCCAUACAGAGAUCAACUUCCUCCAGGGGUGGCCGCCAAAGGAGGGCUUUUCCUCCCUAUGUAUGAAAUGGAAGCUAUGUGGAUGUCCUUCGAGUGUAAAGUCAAUGAGAAAUUUGCUAUCCGCCCCUUUUUAGGCGGAGUGAACGGGAUUUCUGGUCAGAGCUUUGUCUCUAGACUCCACUCUAGCGAGUCCAUAACAUCGGAUAAGCAAGACUACAUCAUACUUCCUGAACAAAGGCGCCUUGACGGGAUAGCAGUGAGCCCAGGUAUAGUUAAACAGUUCGUUGCCACAAAGAUGACACCGCUGCCGAAACAGCAGCAUAGAACUUCGUCAUUUGGGAACCCCAAGACAAGAUCAGAUGACACUGAGACUCCGAAAAGAGAAGGGCAGACAAUUGAAUGGCAGCUGACUGGCAAGGAUGAGGUCGGGGGGAUUCAGCUGCAAAUCAUACCUCAGUUCCAAAUCGAACAGAUGUUUGCUGGGAGUAUAAGAGACGCUUGUCCAAUCCGACACGGCGAACCCGUGGAGUCAUAUCAACCUACCACGAAUAGUGCACUGUCUUAUGAUGUGUUGAAGACACCAGAGCAGCUCAGCUUGUCCGAGGGCGACGUCAUCAAUAUCAAAAAUCUAGCAGAGACGCGAAAACACUCCCGCACGAAGGUCGUUCGUGAUCUUUUAACAGAAGCCCCUGGUGGUCUUGAGCUAUCGGACAUCGUCGAGCUAGAUACCUUCUGGAGCUUGUCAGAUGAGAAGAUUUUGCACAUUCAAGACAUGGAUUUAGCCACGCCUAGCGUAUCUUUCAAGGUCCUUCUUGAUAUCGAGUAUUCUGAGGUCUUGGCUGUUGCCCGAGAAACAUUUCAAGCGACAAACAGCCUUCUCCACAUAUCGAACUUGGUCGCCAACAAUCCGGCCAUCCAGCUUCUGGUAACCAGCUGGGAGCAUAUAACUUUCCUCACAGAACCCGCCGCUACCGAGGACGAAUUUAAAUUCCUGCGAGAGCGAGGGCGGGCGAAGAAAGAAGGCACGAAGAAUGGCAACAUUCCGAGCCUCGAUAUGGUUCUUAUGUCGCCAAGUCAAGACCGACAAUAUGUCUGCCAUGUUGACUUCCUAAACGGAGCGGAUCGACUUUUUCACAGCACAAAGAAGCCUCUUCUUCUUGAAAUGUCGGAACAUAGCACCAUUGCUGAUUUGCGAAGAAUGAUUGAGACCCAGACUGGGUUAUCAACUAAGGGAUUUCGACUUGUGUCCUCAAGUUAUAAGUCCUUGGGUGUUGAUCACAAAAUCUUCGGGGAGACCCAUUCUGACUUGACUGGAAAAACUAUAACGCUCUCAGUCAUAUGGAGCGACACUAUCAGCGCGGUCAAAGCAAAAAUCCAGGGUAGAGAAGGUAUACCGCCAGACCAACAACGGUUGGUUUUUGCUGGGAAAAUGUUGGAAGACGAGCGCACGAUAGAUCAUUACAAUAUCCAAAAGGAGUCGACCCUCCAUCUUAUUCUCGGUCUCGCGGGUGGUGGAGCACCGACUGUGACAGUCAUGCUAGGUUCGACAAUAGUGUACGACGGAUACGUGAACAAUAUCGGUGAUCUGAAGCAGGAAAUUUUCAAGAAUAUUGGAAUAUUUCCCCACAUCCAGAUUCUGACGUGGAAUGGCAAUCGGCUAAGUGAUGAUUACGAUCCCCGAGGGCGAAUUAAGCAUACACUUGAACUUAUUGUACAACAACCAAACAGGGUUGCUUUGGGAAUAGGGGCAGGGGGCAACAUCGUCCAGAAUAUCUACGCCGAUAAGUGUGACCCACAGCUAUGGGAUGUGGGAAGCUCCAAGAUACUCAAUAUUCAGAUUUUGAACUCCAGAGAGUUCAACGCCAUCACCGGGCUUGCGCCUCCAGAAACACCGAUUAAUUGGAAGACCUAUUCGGCCCUGCAUCUACCGUUUGAUAAACAAUGGGGUCAGAAUGAUGUUACAAGAGACGGUAUUAGCUCAAAUGGAGCGUUCGAAGGUCUUGUCGCGUUGGAGGAGACCGAUCAACCGAGCAGCGACAGAGCAAGCUUGGAGAUUGAGUAUUAUCAUUCAUCUAAAGGACCGAGCAUAAAGUUACCAGGCUUUCCUGUCGUCAUGCUCGAUGUUGACCAGACCCUGCCUCGAUUUGGAGGAAAUCUCAGAGACAAAAGAUCUGUCUAG